GGCCGGCUUCCCCAGGCCGCGCUCUGCCGCACUCGGCCGCCGAGCACUGAGGGAGAGGCGGGCAGGGCGGCCGCCCACCCGUCCGGAGGUGGCUGGCGGCGGCGAGGCGGCGUGCACAGGAUGCCCGCCACCGCAUUGGAGCCCGCCUACUGCCGCUGCUGCCCAUGGAGAUCGCGCUGGUGACUCUGGAGAACGGUGGUGGCGGAGCCAUAUCAUCAGUAGAGUAUGCCACGGCAGGCAGCACCAGUGGUAGCACCAGGGCUCGGCGACAGAGCGAGCUACUCCACACCGCGGGGUCCACGUUUGUUCCGAGACUGAGCGACGGCAAGGAGGGUACCCCACCGCCCUCACCGCCGCCGCAGGUCGACGAGGAGCGGGAGAGGCUCCCGCCAACCCCCCGAGGAGGAGGCGGGAGGCGCUGCAGCAGCAGUGAGGGCAGCAUCAACGGCCGGGCGGCGUCGGGACCCCAACCGCAACCACACGCUCCGCGCUCCGGGCCGGCUGCAGAAAUGGAUCCCCCGGAGGAAGGGGGUCACCGCCAGGGCAUGACCAUGGCAGCGGCCGGCGACGAGGAGGGUAUGAAGGCAGCAAGCCGGAGCGCCAUGCACCAUCAGCGGGUACUGAUCAACAUCUCUGGGCUACAUUUCGAGACUCAGCUGGGCACCCUCAACCAGUUUCCUGACACACUACUGGGAGAUCCUGAUAAGCGCAUGCGGUACUUUGACCCGCUCCGCAAUGAAUACUUCUUUGACCGCAACCGGCCCAGCUUUGAUGGCAUCCUCUACUUCUACCAGUCUGGGGGCAAGCUCCGCCGGCCUGUCAACGUCUCCAUUGAUGUCUUUGCUGAUGAAAUCCGCUUCUACCAGCUGGGCAAAGAGGCCAUGGAGCGCUUCCAGGAGGAUGAGGGUUUCAUCAGAGAGCAAGAGAAGCCCCUUCCCCACAGUGAGUUUCAGCGCCAGGUCUGGCUCAUCUUUGAGUACCCUGAGAGUUCCAGCUCAGCCCGGGCCAUUGCCAUUGUCUCUGUGUUGGUGAUCCUUAUCUCCAUCAUCACCUUCUGCCUGGAGACUCUGCCUGAAUUCAGGGAUGAACGAGAGAUACCCAUGUCCUUGCCCCCACAAAGUGGAGGUUUGAACGCCACAGCUGGAGACUCCCCACCCAUGCAGUCACCCAGUAGCAUCUCUGACCCCUUCUUCAUCAUUGAGACCACUUGUGUCAUCUGGUUCACCUUUGAGCUCCUUGUGCGUUUCUUCACCUGCCCCAGCAAGCCAGAGUUCUCUCGCAACAUCAUGAACAUCAUUGACAUCGUGGCCAUUAUCCCCUACUUCAUCACCCUGGGCACAGAAUUGGCCCAUGAGCAACAGCAGCCUGGGGGUAGCAGCAACAAUGGGAGUGGGAGCCAGCAACAAGCCAUGUCCUUGGCCAUCCUCAGAGUCAUCCGCUUGGUCAGAGUCUUCAGGAUCUUCAAGCUCUCCAGGCACUCCAAGGGGCUGCAGAUCUUGGGACAGACUUUGAAAGCCAGUAUGAGAGAGCUAGGCCUUCUCAUCUUCUUUCUCUUCAUUGGGGUGAUCCUCUUCUCCAGUGCUGCCUACUUUGCUGAGGCUGAUGACCCCGAGUCUCAUUUCUCCAGCAUCCCUGAUGCUUUCUGGUGGGCUGUGGUGACCAUGACCACUGUGGGCUAUGGGGACAUGCGACCUAUUACUGUGGGGGGCAAGAUCGUGGGCUCCCUGUGUGCCAUUGCUGGUGUGCUCACCAUUGCCCUGCCUGUCCCUGUUAUUGUGUCCAACUUCAACUACUUCUACCACCGAGAGACAGACCAUGAAGAGCAAGCUAUGCUCAAAGAAGAACACAGUAGUGCUCAGAGCAGCAUAACUGGGGUAGAUGGAAAGAGAAGAUCCAGUAAAAACUCUCUGAACAAAUCUGUUGUGCACUUGGAAAAUAAUGAAGGGUUCAAAAGUGCCAGCCCUUUAGAGAAAACCAAUAUCAAAGCUAAAAGUAAUGUAGAUCUCAGAAAAUCACUCUAUGCCCUCUGUCUGGACAGCAGCAGGGAAACAGACCUGUAAGGAAAGGAGAGAAUUGUAGUUAAAAGAUGCAGCAGAAUUUUCUUGUGUCAGAAACUUUCUGCUAUAUCUAUUAUUUUCCUACCAGUUGUUGUUUUGUUGUUUGUUUGUUUGUUUGUUUUAAAUCAGACUAUAUUUUAUAAUUUGAUCACUGUCCUGAGCAGUCCUCCAGGAAUAAUUUUUUUUAUGUUAUUUUUCCAUGACACAAAUAGUCACCUGUUUUUAAAAUAGAUUGAGUAAACUAUUCUCCAGGAUGCAGGAGCUGGUAAAUAAUGAAAAUGCAAAAUCUAAUUUGUAGAAACUUUUAUUAUCAAAUGAUGGUUGGUUUGAAAUGGUCAUUUACAAUCAAUACAUUUUCUGCAAAUUAUUAAAGAGCUUGGGGACGUGUGCAGAGAAUGAAUGAAUUUGGGAUGGGAGGGAACAAUGAGGGGGUUUUGUACUGUAGUUUCUAACUGAAAAUAUUCAAAUUUAUUUUGUAUCUAUAUAACUUUAUUUAUGGGUGAAAGGGGAUUUCUUAUUCCUGGGACAUACCACUCCAAUAAAGCAGUAGGAACAUUGGCAGAUCAGCACUUGCAAAGUUUUCUACUUCUGAUCACUACAGAUCUGAUUGUCUAGUAUGAAGAGUGAAUUCGGUGCUUUUAACCCUAGGACAGGAAUUUUUUAUUAUUGAUGAGUUGUUAGUUCCUUGUGAGCCUUAAAUUAUUAAAUAUUGUAUAUAUGCUUCUUUAUAAGUAAUUUUAUUAAUCACCUGACAGUUUUAGAACUUCUAAAUAUUCAGUCUUGUUCUUUCCGUCCUCCCCAAAAGAAAUACGUAUAUUACAGUUUUAUAGUUUUGUUGUUGAGAUUAAAAUAAAAUUAAAAAAAAUAAAAAAAAGAAAGAAACCAACGGUCUGCUGUUACUAGAUUUGAUCCAAGUGCACAACAGAUCAAAGCCAGUAGGUAGUGGAUAGCUAUGAUAGCAGUAACACGUGAAAGUAGAGUAUAUGCUAUGUUUAUUCCACACUCUGGGUUACUUUGGCACACCUAUCAGUCAUCUUCAUGUGUCCAUACAAUUAAUGUACCUAGUUCAUUAUUUUUAAUUACCAUAGACUGAAAACAAAUGGCACUAACAGAUAGCAUGCCUUGCUACUUAAAUAACCAUUGUGUGGAUUAUACCUUGGACUUGGGAGGAAAGCAUCACCUUUCACCAAAACACAUCCUUGUUCCUUUUAUUUCCAAACCCAGUGCAGUGGAUUUUACAGUUAAAAUAUUUAUGAAAGACUAAUGACAAAUUAUCUUCACCCUGUUAAUGCAGCACUGUACAACUUACUAGUGAAGACUGACAAAAAGUUGUUUCCUUGAAUCAAGGAGUUGUGUUGCUACAUUUCUUGCAAUGGAUGUCUCUUUUGCCCUCAGUCUCUUGUUGUAUUGCUGAAGGAUGUUUCAUGCCUUUACCAGGUCCAAUGGCACAGCAACACUUAUUAUCAGCACUCCAGGUUUGUUUUGAUCUAAUUUUCUAAUGUACUUAAGUAACCAUUAAGUCAGGAUUAUGGUUUAUGCAAGUACCUUAGUUAUAUACAUUGUGCUAAAAUUUAAAUCAACCUCAAAGAAUAGUGUUUUGGCAUUUUUAGCCUAGACUGAAAUUGUGCUUAUUUGUCUCUUACCAUGCAGUUUAAUGAUAAUGGCCAAAUUAAUGACAUUUUUUUCCUUCCUAUUAAGUAAAAAAGGCAUGGUGAAUGCCAAGUAAGUAGAAUUUUUUGUGUUUAGUAUGAAGAACCAUUACACAGAUUUUAUCUCCAAACUAAAAUUUGGAUAGGGGGAAAAGCAGGGAAGAGGUUGAGUCUGAAAAUAGAGAACUGGAUCUUUCACAUUAACUUUAGAUGUUGGGAGCUGCUUUGCUUGUUUAUUGAGAUGGGGAAUGGUGUUAAUAAUAUGCUUAGAAACUAUCUGCAACUAAGUGGACAAAGUACAGAGUCCAGUUGCUCUCCAGAUUCAGGCAGAUCUGUUUGCUUUAGUGGGAGCACUUUGCAUCAAGGUGAUACUUCGGGUGGAAAUGAUGAAGAUGAAAGCACAUCAUGCCUAUGUUGAAUGGGUCUUAAAAGCCCGUUGCUGAUAGAAAGAGAAGAGCCUGGCCUGCCUCCUUCAUUUCAAGUUUUCUUCCUUCUCUCUGUACCCACUUGUUACAUGCCCUGAACUGGUUUUGUCCAUUUGCAAGUACAUGUGCAAAUGAUGUCUCCUCUUCCAGGAGCCCUUGAGUUCACUAUUCUGGCAGAAAAUCCAAUGCAGCAAAAGCAACAACAACAUUGAUUUUUUUUUUUUUUUUUGGUUGAAUUAGUGACUUGGAAAGAAAGUGAAUGUCAGAAUCAGUACAAGAAAAGAAGGGGGAAGCUCAGGGGUUUGGAGAAGUAAGCAAGUACAGAGGACUGGAAUCCUCACCCUUCAGUGACAUUAAACUCUUAGAUUGUUGUGACUGCUUUUUGAACUUCAUUUAGUGUUUGUGGAGAUUACCCAGAACUUCAUCUUGAAACAUUCUGGGGGGCUUUUAACUUUCCCCUGGAGGCAGUCUGAUCUCGAUUCCGGCUGUAACUGAGAGUAGAAUUUGUCCUAAUCAAGAUCAAGCUCUUUGAGAUCUUGAUUUCUUCAUGGGGUUGGACACUGGCUUGUCAAAUCAUUCCUCAACCUUCAGUUUGAACAUACUGAAUUUUUCCAUUAAAAAACAAACAAACAAACGAACAAACAAACCAAACCAAACAAAACAAAAAAACAGCAGAAUUUUCCAAGAAAAAGAAAACUAAAUGCUCACAAAAUGUGACUUGGCUUCCUAAAGAGGUGUCUAGUGCAGUCUGGACUCUGUUUUGACACUGUCUUUACAAGGAAGUAUGAUUUCUGUUGGCUUAUAAGGCAAUAUAAUGCUAAUAAGGGACUGGUGCCAGACAGAGUAAUGCAACUAGAAACGUGGUUCUAUUACAAUUAGGCCAAGCAUUUACCAUAGGCUCAACUUUAAGCAUUAUUUAGCAGGUAUUUUUGGUGUACUGAUCUUUGAAAUUAUUACGUAAUAUAUUACAUAAUAUAAAUAAAAAGAAAAUAUUACGUAAGAUACGUAAAGAUGAGCUAUGUACCCUGCUUAGGGCAAUCAGUUCCCACUGGACUUAAGUGCAGUUAUUUAGGUACCUGGUGCAGAUCAGGAGCCUGAAAACAAGUGGUGCUGUAGGAUUUUGGAAUAUGAACGUCAGAUUCUCGCUACAGAAUGCCUAUUCCUGCAGCCACUACUCAUCAGAGCAGUUCUUUUGAAACGAUCAAGUUGCAAACUGAGUACCAGGACUGUCUUCAUGAAGAACCUCCACUUCAGUCUGGAUGAGAGUGUGAUUACACUGUCUACUAUUAAAAAUCUUCUCUUGCACUAACACUUUUGUUAUCAAGAGUCAUCACUGAGUUCUGUAGGCACCAUGUAUCUGUCUAUGCCCAGGAUAUAGAGGACAGAAGCCUUGUAACAUGUUGAUACAAACUGCUGCUGUAAAAGAAAGAGGGAGAAAAAGAUAACUAAAACUGAGAAAGUUCAUGUAAAUGUGAAAGAGGAAGAGAGUCUAGGCUGUGAAUGCAAUUCUACACAUAUUCCAAGAAGGAAAUUUCUCCAAACUGUUAAGGAUUUUAUGUUGGCUAAUCUGAAAUGAAAAGCAAUCUAAAUAAAACCACUUUGGAAUAUAAUAAACCACAA